AUGCAGCAGAUCAAAGAUCGAUUAGGCAAAAGAAUGAGUGAAUCUCAAGAUGAACUUUUGGCUAAGAGGCAGAAGGCCAAUGAUCCUUACGAGUUUCAGGAAAAUACCUUCGUUGAAUAUGGUUCCGUGUUCGAUGGAGAUGAAUCUGAUGUACUAGAUGAAAUAUCCAACGGAUACUAUCCCAACUUCUUUUGGAUUGAACUAUCACUUUUUGCUAAUGUCUUUCUUUCAGGAUUCGAUGGUACAGUUACAGCUUCUACAUAUACAACGAUCGGUGAUGAGUUCAAAGCAACCAAUACUGCAUCGUGGAUCACUACCUCUUAUUUGAUUACAAGUACAGCCUUCCAACCAUUGUAUGGUUCUUUUUCAGAUAUCUUGGGCAGAAGAUCCUGUCUUAUUGGUGCCACCUCCUUUUUCAUCUUUGGAUGUAUCGGGUGUAGUUUUUCUUCUAACAUUAUUAUGCUUGAUGUUAUGAGAGCAUUAACUGGGGUCGGUGGUGGUGGAUUGGUGACUCUAGCUACUAUUGUCAAUUCCGAUAUUAUUGCUCCUGAACAGAGAGGUAACUGGCAGGCUUUUCAGAACCUUUUACUUGGUUUUGGUGGUAUAUGUGGUGCAUCAUUUGGUGGUGUCAUUGCUGAAACUUUUGGAUGGAGAUGGUGUUUCUUGUUACAGGCCCCUAUAGGUUUUACAGGUGUCAUCAUAGGUUAUUUCUUUAUUCAAAAUCCCCCAAGGAAGGAGAGCUUUGAUGAUGAUGGUCACAAAAAGAGUAUGGAUAAAAUAGAUUUCCAAGGUUCCAUUACAUUGGUUCUUGCUCUCUCCUUGCAAUUGCUGGUUCUAAGUGUGGGUGGUAGUCAACUUGCCUGGAGUGAUAUCCGAUUGAUAGGUUUAUUUGUUUUAAGCUGUCUCUUUAUGUUGAUAUUCGCCAUCAUUGAAAUUAAAACUAAGGCUUUGCCCAUCAUUCCACCGGUGCUUUUGCAUGAUCCAUUUGGUUUCAUUAUUUUAGGGGUUGGCAUCAUGGUUGGUAUUGCCAGUUAUGCCUACUUAUUUAUUCUUCCAUUGUUAUUCCGGAUAGUUCUCGGAGAUAAUAUAUCUCAGGCUGGUCUACGAUUGACAAUACCAUCUUUAUUUACUCCCGUCGGAGGUUUGAUAGCAGGUUAUUUUAUGAGUAAAGGAGCCAACACCCUUUUCAAACUAGUGUCCUGUGGUGCUCUCCUUAUGUUCUUAGGAAACUUUCUCGCUCUCAAAAUCGAUGAAGGCGAAAACCCAUGGGUGUUAGGACUCUACUUAGUUCCAGCAAAUAUCGGUCAGGGUAUUAUUUUUCCUAGCUCGUUGUUUUCCUUUAUUUACAUCUUUGAUAAGGAUAAACAAGCCAUUGCUACCUCCACUGCAUAUCUUUUCAGAAGUAUUGGUAGCGUCUGGGGAGUUGCAGGUUCUUCUACUAUUAUCAGACAUGUUCUAAAAAUUGUUGUCAGUAAUUCCUUAUCACACGUACCUGGAUUAAGCAAAAAAGAUAUAGCCGGGGUGGUGGAAAAGGUUUCGCAAGACAUUUCUUCCAUAGAGACAUUGGAACCUGAAAUUGCUUUUUGGGUUAAUAAGGGUUAUGCGACAGCUAUCCGUGAGGCACAAGCAUUCUCUACUCUUUGUUGCUUUAUAUGCUUAUCUCUUUGCGGCCUCAAGGUCCUUUUAAAAAUAAAGAGCCGUUCAUCGUAUGAUUGA